UAUAUAUAUACAUAUAUAUUUGAAGAGUAAAGCAGCCAUUUUAGACUUAUGGUUGUUGUACACAUAGAAAGCCUAUAGCAUCCAUACAAAAAAGCCCCCUUAGUGGACAACAAAGAAUUGGCCAUGACUUCAUCAACUGAGAUGAAAGGUUCAAAUGUCACUGCCCACUUCAUCAAGCUACCAAGUGGUCUUUCCUUCCUGCCUAACAAUUUCUUGUAAGCAAUACUAUUCAAUUGACUUCCUCCCCGCACAUGGAAGAUUCAUCAGACACACCCCUAAAGUUCCAAACUAUAUCAUAUUUUCAUUUUAUAGGUGAAAAACAGUUCUAGUAGAUCAUCAUCAUGAAACACUCAUGUUCUAGAAACAUAUACAGGAAACAUCUUUGUUUUUUAAAUAAAAAUGCAACUCUGCUGAUGUUCUCUAGGUGGUUUAUCAGACUUUCACUUCUUGGACUAGGCUUUGUUUGAAUUUGUAUUAGGUUGGAAAUGAAAUUGCUGCAUAACAGGAGAAGAAAGCUUGCAAGCAAGGAUCAUCAAUUUCUCAUGCAUCCAGAAACCAAACUUGCAUGACUUGGGUAACUCUGAUCUCUUCUUCACCCUAUCCCAAGAUGGGAAAUCAUGCACAAGAAGAUAAUAUGUAACUAGUUCAACAACCCUUGACUAUGAUCUACUCUACCUUCCCCUAUAAAGUGGAUCUCUAAACAAUUUCCAUUGCUACCUUGGAUUAACUCCUCAAAAGUCUUACUGCCUGCAACCUGAAUACACCGUCUCAAUCAAGAAAUAGGCUAAGCUAGAAGCAUUUCUUGUCAGUGCCACUUGGUUCAUCUGGAAAGCACUAAUAUCCCCAUGGAUAUACCUUCAGGACUCAGAUUGCUGAUUGGCAUACUUAUUUCUCUAGUCUUAGUUACCUCUGCUCAAAGUUCAUGCUCAAACUACAUCUUUCCAAACAACGAAGUCUUCAUUUCCUGCACUGACCUUCCUGCACUACAGGCCCAACUCCAUUGGAACUACAUUGCAUCCUCAAGAAUCGUUCACAUAGCAUAUAAAGCCAGCCAAACCUCUAGAGGAUGGAUUGCAUGGGCAAUUAAUCCAACUGGCAUAGGCAUGGUCGGAUCACAGGCACUUGUUGCUUUCCAAAAUUCUAAUGGAAGCAUGAUUGCUUACACGACACCAAUAACCAGUUCAAGCCCAUCAAUGCAACCAGGUGUUCUCAGCUUUAAGGUUUCUAACAUUUCUGCAACAUACGCUAAUAAUGAGAUGACUAUCUUUGCCAUGGUGGGUCCACUAGAAAAUGGCACAACCGUUAAUCAUGUCUGGCAAGCUGGCGAUUCGGUGAUGAAUGGCAUUCCUCAGGCUCAUGCACUUUCAGGACCAAAUAUUAAAUCAAUGGGGAGUAUAAAUUUUUUUUCCUGAUGGAA